AGAAAUAAGAAAAUUCUUAGCAAGAAGAAACUAAAACGGAAGCAGAAGACCAAAUCAAAAGGAAAAUUGCGAAGCAAGGCUGAUAACCUGGAAAAUGCUCUUUUUAUACCCGACCUCAAGCUCCACAGUAACCCUUCAGCAUUCAAUGUUUAUUGCAAUGUUCGUCACUGUGUCUUGGAAUGGCAGAGGAAAGAAACCUCCCUCCUCUUAUCCUCAAAGAACUCUGUGCAGAGUGGGGAGUCUGACAGUGAUGAAGAGGAGGAGUCCAAAGAGCCACCUACUAAGCUUCCAAAGAUAAUUGAAAUUGGUUUAUGUGAAGUGUUUGAGUUGAUAAAGGAGACUCGCUUUUUCCCACCCAUCACUGUGUUUGAGGAGCUUACAGGCCCUCCUCAAUAUACUACAGGGUCAACAGCCAGAGGGACUCCAGUCGGAACCCCCAGAAGUGUUGGAGUCUCUUCUUCAGCUUAUUCUGGAAAUCACUGUUCGUAGUACAGGAGCCAACGACACCACUGGACAGUCACUAACUGCACUUUCCUGUUCCUGCCUAUUCAGUCUGGUGGUAGCAUGGGGAGAAACGGGAAAAACCCUUCAAGCCAUCUCGGCUAUUCUUACCAACAAUGGCAGCCAUGCAUGCCAAACAAUUCAGGUGCCAAUCAUCUUGAACUCUCUGCAGCGGAGUGUUCAAGCAGUUCUGGUGGGUAAAAUUCAGAUCCAGGACUGGUUUACAAGUGGGAUUAAAAAGGCUGCCUUGAUGCAAAAAUGGUCUCUGAAAGAGAUCCCUGUCGAUGAAGACGACCAGUGCCUCCUUCAGAGUGAUGGCUUCUUCCUCUAUCUUUUAUGCAAAGAUGGCCUUUACAAAAUUGGUUCUGGAUACAGUGGAACAGUGAGGGGUCACAUUUACAAUUCCACAUCCCGCAUCAAGAGCAGAAGCGAGAAAAAGUCUUGGUUGGGUUAUGCUCAGGGUUUUUUGCUCUACAGAGAUGUGAACAAUCACAGUGUGACAGCCAUAAGGAUUAACCCAGAGACUUUGGAACAAGAUGGAACAGUAACCGUACCAGAUUGUAAUGCUGAUGGCCAGAACAUACUCUUCACUGAUGGGGAGUUUAUCAACCAAAUCGCUGCUUCUAAAGAGGAUGGAUUUGUUGUUCGAAUAUUCGCUACUAGCACAGAGCCUGUAUUACAGCAAGAGUUACAACUUAAACUGGCUCGGAAAUGUUUGCAUGCCUGUGGCAUUUCGCUGUUUGAUUCGGAGAAAGAUUUGCACAUCAUAAGCACCGGAUUUGAUGAGGAAUUGGCUGUUCUGGGAGCAGGAAGGGAGUUUGCAUUGAUGAAAACAUUUAGUGGAAAGGUUUAUUACACUGGUAAAUAUCAGAGCCUAGGCAUCAAGCAAGGUGGCCCAUCUUCUGGGAAGUGGGUAGAAUUACCAAUAACAAAAUCUCCAAAGAUUGUCCAGUUCUCUGUUGGUCAUGAUGGUUCUCAUGCCUUACUCACUGCUGAUGAUGGAAGUGUAUUUUUCACUGGGACUGCAAGUAAAGGAGAAGAUGGUGAAUCAACAAAGAGCAGAAGACAGUCCAAACCAUACAAACCUAAGAAAAUGAUCAAAAUGGAAGGUAAAUUUGUUUUGAGCACUGCGUGCAAUAAUGGGAGCAGCUCGGUCAUUACCAAGGAUGGUGAGCUGUAUAUGUUCGGGAAAGAUGCCAUCUAUGCUGACAACUCAAACUUGGUUACAGACUUGAAGGGACAUGCGGUCACACAAGUAGCAAUGGGAAAAGCUCACACAUGUGUGUUGACUAAGAAAGGAGAGGUGUGGACUUUUGGUGUAAAUAACAAGGGGCAAUGUGGAAGAGACACUGGAGCUAUGAGCCAAGGCGGCAAAGCAGGAUUUGGAGUUGAAAAAAACAUGGCAACAGCUAUGGAUGAAGACUUGGAGGAAGAGCUGGAUGAGAAGGAUGAGAAAUCCUUGAUGUGCCCCCCUCGAAUGCAUAAAUGGAAGUUGGAACAUUGCAUGGUUUGUACAGUCUGUGGAGACUGCACUGGAUAUGGAGCUAGCUGUGUUAGCAGUGGACGCCCAGACCGCGUUCCAGGAGGAGUUUGCGGCUGCGGUUCUGGAGAGUCCGGCUGUGCAGUGUGUGGAUGUUGCAAAGCUUGUGCUCGAGAACUGGAUGGUCACGAAGCACGGCAAAGAGGAAUUCUUGAUGCAGUGAAAGAGAUGAUACCUUUGGAUUUGCUCCUAGGUAAAGCUGUGCCAGUGCCAGGAGUUAACAUUGAUGAACACCUACAGUUACGUCAGGAUGACAAGAGACAGAGGGCGGUCAUCAGGAGACACAGGAUAGAUGAAGGGAGAGAUGAGAGCAGAGAACAAGGAGAGAAGGAUGCCAGCAAAAUCACCACUUACCCUCCUGGAACAGUUCGGUUUGAUAGUGAGCUCAGGGCUGUUCAAGUCAGCUGUGGCUUUCACCAUUCAGUGGUUUUAAUGGAAAAUGGAGAUGUUUACACUUUUGGAUAUGGUCAACACGGGCAGCUGGGGCAUGGUGAUGUGAGUUGUAGGGGCUGUCCAACUCUAGUACAAGCACUGCCAGGUCCAAGUACACAAGUCACUGCUGGAAGCAAUCACACUGCUGUCCUUUUAAUGGAUGGACAAGUAUUCACCUUUGGAAGUUUCUCUAAAGGACAACUAGGAAGACCUAUUGUAGACAUGCCUUAUUGGAAUGCAAAGCCAGCCCCCAUGCCCAACAUUGGCUCAAAGUAUGGAAGGAAAGCAACAUGGGUCGGAGCAAGUGGAGAUCAGACUUUCCUGCGGAUUGAUGAAGCACUUAUCAACUCGCAUGUUUUAGCCACAUCAGAGAUCUUUGCAAGUCGUCACAUUAUAGGUCUUGUGCCAGCAUCUAUGACUGAACCUCCUCCAUUUAAAUGUCUUCUCAUCAAUAAAGUGGAUGGAAGCUGUGCUACAUUCAAUGAUUCUGAGCAAGAGGAUCUGCAAGGGUUUGGAGUUUGUUUGGAUCCAGUCCAUGAUGUUAUUUGGAGAUUUCAGGCCAGCACAAGAGAGCUGUGGUGUUAUAAUGCUGUCAUAGCAGACUCAAGGCUACCAUCAGCCCCUGACAUGCAGUUAAGAUGUAGCAUACUCAGUCCAGAGCUGGCCCUCCCAACAGGCCAGAAAGCUGUAACUACACGAUCACAUGCAGCAUUGCAUAUAUACUAGGCUGUCUUGACACUCUGGCGACAAUGCAGGACUUGAAAAUGGGAGUCUCAAGUACUGAAGAGGAAACGCAGUCUGUGUUGAAAGUCUAUUCCAAGGAAGAUUACAGCGUUGUAAACAGAUUUGAGAGUCAUGGAGGUGGCUGGGGGUAUUCAGCACAUUCAGUGGAAGCUAUUCGAUUCUGUGCUGAUACAGACAUCCUACUGGGAGGAUUGGGUCUCUUUGGUGGAAGAGGGGAGUACACUGCCAAAAUUAAGUUGUUUGAAUUGGGAUCAGAUGGAGGUGAUCAUGAAACGGAUGGAGACCUUCUUGCCGAGACUGAUGUUCUUGCAUAUGAUUGUGCAGCCAGAGAGAAAUAUGCAAUGAUGUUUGACGAACCUGUACUUCUACAAGCUGGCUGGUGGUAUGUGGCUUGGGCUCGUGUAUCUGGUCCUAGUAGCGAUUGUGGAUCUCACGGACAGGCUUCAAUAACAACAGAUGAUGGUGUGGUUUUUCAGUUCAAAAGCUCAAAGAAAUCAAAUAAUGGCACAGAUGUUAAUGCAGGCCAAAUACCACAGCUGCUGUACAGAUUGCCUACAAGUGAUGGAAGUGCCACUAAAGGAAAACAGCAAGUCAGUGAACCAGUUCACAUCUUGAAAAGAUCAUUUGCCAGAUCUGUUUCAGUGGAAUGUUUUGAAUCCUUACUGAGCAUUUUACACUGGAGUUGGACCACUCUGGUUCUUGGGGUGGAAGAGCUCAGAGGACUAAAAGGUUUCCAAUACACAGCAACCCUCCUGGAUUUGGAAAGACUGCGUUUUGUGGGUACCUGCUGUUUGCGGUUGUUGCGAGUCUACACAUGUGAAAUAUACCCUAUAGCAGCUUCCACGAAGGCUGUAUUAGACGAAACAACCAAACUGGCUGAAUGCAUUGGAAAAACCAGGACAUUGCUUAGAAAAAUCCUUUCUGAAGGUGUAGACAACUGCAUGACAAAACUGGAUAAUGACCCUCAAGGAUAUCUCAGCCAGCCGUUAAGUCUGCUUGAAGCUGUUCUGCAAGAAUGUCAUAACACAUUUACAGCCUGUUUCCACUCUUUUUAUCCUACUCCUGCCCUCCAGUGGGCAUGUUUGUGUGACUUGCUCAACUGUUUGGAUCAGGACAUCCAGGAAGCAAAUUUUAAAACCUCAAGCAGCCGCCUGCUAGCAGCAGUCAUGUCUGCCCUGUGUCACACUUCUGUGAAGCUUACAUCCAUCUUUCCUAUCGCUUAUGAUGGUGAAGUUCUACUUCGCUCCAUGGUGAAACAAGUCAGCACAGAAAAUGACACUGCAUUGGCUCACCGCUUCCCUCUGCUGGUUUCAGCAAUGGAGAAACUCAGUCAGAGCGAGGAGAAUGUUUCUGGAAUGACCAGCUUCCGGGAAGUUCUGGAGAAGAUGUUGGUCAUUGUUGUGCUGCCUGUAAGGAACAGCUUACGCAGGGAACAUGAACUCUUUUCUUCACACCUGGUAUCAAACACAUGUGGUCUCCUGGCCAGUAUUGUCAGUGAACUGACAGCAUCUGCUCUUGGAUCAGAGGUUGAUGGCUUAAAUUCUCUGCAUUCGGUGAAGUCCAGUCCUAACCGUUUCACUAAAACGAGCCAAGGUAGAAGUUGGAACACUGGAAAUGGAUCUCCCGAUGCAAUCUGCUUCUCGGUUGACAAACUUGGGGUAGUUGUUGUCGGAUUCUGUGUCUAUGGUGGAGGUGGAAUCCAUGAGUAUGAGCUGGAGGUCCUGGUAGAUGAUAGUGACCAUUCUGCUGAUGCAGGACACUCUCAUAGGUGGACUUCAUUGGAGCUUGUCAAAGGCACUUACACAACUGAUGAUUCACCAAGUGAUAUUGCUGAAAUUAGGCUGGACAAAGCUGUUCCUCUGAAGGAGAACACAAAGUAUGCAGUGCGUUUGAGAAAUUAUGGAAGUCGCACAGCUAAUGGGGAUGGUGGAAUGACAACUGUUCAGUGCCCUGAUGGUGUGACCUUUACUUUCAGCUCCUGCAGUUUAAGCAGUAAUGGUACAAAUCAAACCAGAGGACAAAUCCCUCAAGUAUUAUACUACAGGAGUGAAUAUGAUGGAGACCUUCAGUCACAGCUUUUGAGUAAAGCCAAUGAAGAGGACAAAAACUGCAGCCGGGCCCUCUCAGUGAUCAAUGCUGUAACCAGAGCUGCUAAGGACCUGCUACACAGAGCGCUUGCUGUUGAUGCUGAUGACAUUCCAGAACUGCUUAGUUCUUCCAGCCUAUUUUCUAUGCUGCUUCCCCUGUUAAUAGCUUACAUUGGACCAGUAGCAGCUGCUAUCCCAAAGGCUGCUGUUGAAGUUUUUGGUCUUGUGCAGCAGUUACUCCCAUCAGUUGCCAUUUUGAACCAAAAAUAUGCCCCACCUCUCUUUAAUCCAAACCAAUCAACAGACAGCACAACUGGCAAUCAACCUGAGCAGCUCUCUGCGUGUACUACCUCCAGUCACUAUGCUGUGGUGGAAAGUGAGCACCCGUAUAAAGCAGCCAGUGUGAUGCAAUAUAAGGUAUCUUUCCCUGAAUGUGUGAGGUGGAUAUCUGUGGAAUUUGACCCUCAGUGUGGCACCGCUCAGCCAGAAGAUGUUUUGCGCCUGUUGAUCCCAGGUCGGAAUGCACAUAUCUCAGGUUUUGGACCAAAGUUUCCUAUUCAUGAAAGCCUUAACUCCUGGGUUGAGCUCAAGAAAUUUUCUGGCUCCUCUGGGUGGCCAACAGCUGUCUUAAUAUUACCAGGCAAUGAGGCUUUGUUUUCACUCGAAACUGCAUCAGAUUAUGUUAAAGAUGAAAAGGCUAGUUUUUAUGGGUUCAAGUGUUUCGCUAUCGGAUAUGAAUUUAGCCCAGGACUUGAUGAGGGCAUUAUCCAGCUGGAGAAAGAACUUGCCAACCUAGGAGGCAUAUGUGCUGCUGCUUUAAUGAAGAAAGAUUUGGCUCUUCCCAUUGGUAGUGAAUUGGAAGAAGAUUUGGAGAUUGUUGAAGAGGCUGCUUUGCAGGUGUGCAAAACCCAUUCUGGGAUUUUAGGAAAAGGCCUUGCUCUGUCUCAUUCUCCGACCAUUCUGGAAGCCCUAGAAGGAAACCUUCCCUUGCAGAUUCAAAGCAAUGAGCAGUCUUUUCUGGAGGAUUUUAUCACUUGUGUGCCAGGGUCUAGCGGUGGACGUUUGGCAAGGUGGCUUCAACCGGAUUCCUAUGCUGAUCCACACACAGAAGACUUCCCUAAUCCUUAAUAAGGAUGAUAUUAGAUGUGGCUGGCCCACUACCAUAACUGUAACAGACAAAGGAUCAGUAUGGUUGAAGUUGUUCAUGUAUUUCCUAACAUGAAGGUGGAGGUGAAAGCAGUUCCUGUUUCUCAAAAAAAGACCUCUCUUCAACAAGAGCAGGUGAAAAAACUUCCUCGUAUCCCAGGCAGUCCAUCAACAUCUGCAUCUUUAGGCUCUGAUAUGACCUUUGGUGGCCUUCCUUCACCUAAACUUGAUGCUUCCUAUGAACCAAUGAUUGUAAAAGAAGCCCGUUACAUUGCCAUUACCAUGAUGAAGGCAUAUGAAAACUACUCAUUUGAAGAACUCCGUUUUGCCUCACCUAUGCCUAAACGGCCAAGUGAGAACAUGUUGAUAAGAGUCAACAAUGAUGGCACCUACUGUGCAAACUGGACCCCUGGAGCAGUUGGCCUUUACACCAUACAUGUUACUAUAGAUGGAAUAGAAAUUGAUGCUGGGUUGGAAGUUAAAGUAAAGGACCCACCCAAAGGCAUGAUUCCUCCUGGAACUCAAUUGGUAAAACCAAAAGCAGAACCACAGCCGAAUAAGGUUCGCAAAUUUGUGGCCAAGGACAGUGCAGGGCUUCGUAUUCGUAGCCACCCUUCCCUUCAGAGUGAGCAGAUAGGCAUAGUCAAGGUCAAUGGAACCAUCGCUUUUGUUGAUGAGAUCCACAAUGAUGAUGGUGUGUGGCUUAGACUGAAUGAUGAGACAAUAAAGAAGUAUGUUCCUAACAUGAAUGGUUACAAUGAAGCUUGGUGCCUAUCAUUUAAUCAGCAUCUUGGCAAAAGUCUGCUGGCUCCUGUUGAUGAGCAGGUAGCAAAUUCGGAAGAUCUAUUGAAAGACUUCAAUGUGCGUUGCACACAGGAAAUGACAAUGCAAGAGCAUGACGUCCCAGUACUCAGGGGCGGACCUGGAUUCUACAAGGUAGUGAAGACUGGGCCCUCUGGUCACAACAUCAGAAGCUGCCCAAACCUAAGAGGUAUCCCAAUUGGAAUGUUAGUUCUGGGAAACAAAGUCAAGGCUGUGGGCGAGGUGGUCAGUUCUGAAGGUACAUGGGUACAGUUGGAUAAAAACAGCAUGGUAGAAUUCUGUGAGAAUGAUGAGGGUGAGGCUUGGUCCUUGGCUAGAGAUGCUGGAGGCAAUCAAUAUCUCCGUCAUGAAGAUGAGCAAGUUGUAGAGCAGGGUUCGCAGACUCCACCUCCUAGCCCGUUUUCCAUUCAGAUUUUCCGUCGUACUGCAAGUGGAAACAUUGUUCCUGGAUUUGACUAUGGCCUUGGAAAUAAUAAAGGUGAUCAACUGAGUGCCAUACUGAAUUCCAUUCAGUCACGGCCUAGUUUGCCAGCUCCUUCCAUCUUUGACCAAGCUGCAAAACCUCCCUCUUCCCUAGUCCACAGCCCAUUUGUGUUCGGACAGUCCCCCUCCUUCCAGCAGCCUCAGCCUCCGCUUCAGAAUGAAAAAGUACAUUUUCCUGCUUCUGCUAAGCCAACUCCUACAACAAGCAAAUCAGACUUGCCUUCAAAGCAGAAAGUUGAAAGCAAGUCAUCCAAGCCAGACGGAAGAGCAAGUCGCUCUAAUGCUGAUCAGAAGAAACCACGAAAUAAUGAGGGGCUCACAGCUAGUGAGUCUCUUCUCCUUAAGUCAGAUGCUGCAAAACUCAGAUCAGAUUCUCACAGCCGAUCUUUAUCUCCAAACCACAACACUCUACAAAUUCUGAAGUCUGAUGGAAAAUCAUGUGGCCUGAGAUCUGAAUCUCCUGGUCCUGGUUCACGAUCCACAUCACCAAAGCCAAAAACGGUGCCUGCUGGAAAGACUGUGUCCAGUGCAGGUGCUUCCCGCUCUGCAUCUCCACAGGAGAAAAGCCUACCUCAAAAAGCUGCUGGUCCUGCAAAGACCAAACUUGAACCACCACGGGAAAGAUCCAAGUCAGAUUCCUAUACUCUGGAUCCUGAUACACUACGCAAAAAGAAGGUACCAUUCACGGAACCAUUAAGAGGGCGAUCCACUUCACCUAAACCGAAAAUGACAGUGAGGGAUGGCAAACCUGCUAGUGGUAGUGAAAACAGAGCUCCAUCUCCACAUGUUGUCCAAGAAAAUCUACACAGUGAGGUAGUUGAAGUCUGUUCUUCAAGUACAUUAAAGACCAACAGCAUUACUGACAGCACAUGUGAGGACAAUACUGAGGUAAAAAGUGUUGAUGAUGGUGCAUGUAAAGUUCAUUUUAGCAUUGGAAAAGCACCACUAAAGGAAGAGCAAGACACACGGUCCUCUCCCAAAGUCAGCCGUAAAAGCACAGGCAGGCAUGUUCGGCCCAAAAAAGAAAAAACAAACUUUCUCUUUAAAGAUGGUUCAAGAUCUGCUGAACCAGCAAAGGAAGCGAUGUCCCCAUCUGUAGCUGAAUGUUCAAGAGCUGUGUUUGCAGCUUUUCUUUGGCAUGAAGGUAUUGUUCAUGAUGCUAUGGCAUGUUCUUCUUUUUUAAAAUUUAAUCCAGACCUGUCCAAAGAGCAUGCACCCAUUAGAAGCAGUCUUAACAGUCAACAACCUACAGAAGAAAAAGAAGUCAAAUUAAAGAACAGACACUCAAUAGAAAUAUCAUCUGCUCUCAACAUGUUUCAUAUAUCACCACAUGGGCCUGACAUAUCAAAAAUGGUCAGUAUUAACAAGAACAAGGUUUUGUCAAUGCUUACUGAACGGACGCUUCAUGAGAAGUGUGAGGAUAGCAAGCAUGAGAGUUCCCCAUUUGAGGUGUCAAAUCACCACUCUACCAAAUCCAGAGCCCCACUUCCCUUAACACUUCAACACCUUGUAGCCUUUUGGGAGGAUAUUUCACUGGCCACUAUAAAAGCAGCUUCCCAGAAUAUGAUUUUCCCCAGCCCUGGUUCUUGUGCUGUGUUAAAGAAAAAAGAAGGUGAGAAGGACAGCAAAAAAGCUAAGAAGGAGAAAAAGAAGAAGGAAAAGGCAGAGUCACGGCCACGUGGUAACCUCUUUGGUGAAAUGGCUCAGCUAGCCGUAGGAGGACCGGAGAAAGACACAAUUUGCGAACUGUGUGGCGAAUCACACCCUUAUCCAGUGACCUACCACAUGCGGCAAGCUCACCCAGGCUGUGGAAGAUAUGCUGGUGGUCAAGGCUAUAACAGCAUAGGACACUUCUGUGGUGGAUGGGCUGGGAACUGUGGUGAUGGAGGAGUAGGUGGAAGCACUUGGUACUUAGUCUGUGACCGCUGCAGAGAGAAAUAUCUUCGAGAAAAACAAGCAGCGGUAAAGCAAUCCAGGAGGAAGCCAGUACAGGUGAAAACACCACGUGCUUUGCCUACCAUGGAAGCUCAUCAAGUGAUCAAAGCCAAUGCCCUCUUCCUGUUGUCAUUGAGCAGUGCAGCUGAACCAAGCAUUCUCUGUUAUCACCCUCCCAAACCAUUCCCAUCCCAUCUACCCAGUGUGAAAGAAGGCAUCUCUGAAGAUCUGCCUCCCAAGAUGCAAUGUCUCUACCUGCAGACUUUAGCAAGACAUCAUCACGAAAAUUUUGCAGGCUACCAGGAUGAUAAUCUGUUCCAGGAUGAAAUGAGAUAUCUUCGCUCUACAUCCGUGCCAGCUCCUUACAUAUCAGUCACUCCUGACGCUUGUCCGAAUGUAUUUGAAGAACCAGAGAACAACAUGAAAUCUAUGCCACCUAGUUUGGAAACAAGUCCUAUAACAGAUACUGAUUCUGCUAAACGCACAGUCUUCCAAAGAUCUUAUUCAGUUGUUGCCUCAGAAUAUGACAAGCAGCAUUCCAUUCUUCAGCCACGAGUCAAAGCUAUUCCCAGAAGGAGAGUCAACAGUGGAGAUGCUGAAGUUGGGUCCUCCUUACUGAGACACCCAUCACCAGAGCUGUCUCGCUUGAUCUCUGCUCAUAGCUCACUGUCUAAAGGAGAGAGAAAUUUUCAGUGGCCAGUUUUAGCCUUUGUUAUCCAACACCAUGAUCUUGAAGGCCUUGAAAUUGCCAUGAAACAGGCUCUUAGGAAAUCCGCUUGCAGGGUCUUUGCUAUGGAGGCUUUCAACUGGCUGCUUUGCAAUGUCAUUCAAACAACGUCUUUGCAUGACAUUUUAUGGCACUUUGUGGCAUCGCUUACCCCUGCUCCACUAGAACCAGAGGAAGAAGAGGAUGAGGAGAAUAAAGCAAACAAAGAGAAUGCUGAACAAGAGAAAGAUACGAGAGUGUGUGAACACCCUCUUUCAGACAUUGUGAUUGCUGGUGAAGCAGCUCACCCAUUGCCUGACACAUUUCACCGUCUUCUCCAAACGAUUUCUGAUCUUAUGAUGUCACUUCCUGGGGGUAGUGCACUACAACAGAUGGCAUUGAGGUGUUGGAGUCUUAAAUUCAAGCAGUCUGAUCACCAGUUUCUCCACCAGAGUAAUGUUUUUCACCACAUUAACAACAUCCUUUCCAAGUCUGAUGAUGGUGAUAGUGAAGAAAGUUUCAACAUUAGUGUGCAGUCUGGCUUUGAGGCAAUCAACCAGGAACUUUGCUUAGUUACUGCCCUAAAAGACAUGACCAGCAUUGUGGACAUUAAGACUUCCAGCAGACCAGCUAUGAUUGGCAGUUUAACAGAUGGGUCUACAGAGACAUUUUGGGAGUCAGGUGAUGAAGACAAAAAUAAAACAAAGAGCAUCACAAUAAAUUGUGUGAAAGGCAUUAAUGCACGUUAUGUAUCAGUCCACGUGGACAACUCCCGUGACUUAGGGAACAAAGUCACUUCAAUGACAGUUUUAUGUGGGAAGACUGUGGAAGACCUAUGCAGAGUCAAGCAGGCCGACUUGGAUUCUAGGCACAUUGGCUGGGUAACAAGUGAGCUUCCCGGAGGAGAUAAUCAUCUAAUUAAGAUUGAGUUGAAGGGUCCUGAGAAUACGCUGAGAGUGCGGCAAGUUAAAGUGCUUGGCUGGAAAGAUGGCGAGUCCAUAAAAAUAGCUGGACAAAUUUCAGCUAGUGUAGCACAGCAAAGGAACUGUGAAUCUGAGACACUGCGUGUGUUCAGACUGAUUACUUCACAGGUAUUUGGCAAGUUGAUCUCUGGUGAUGCAGAACCAACACCGGAACAAGAGGAGAAAGCUCUGCUAUCCUCACCUGAGGGCGAGGAAAAGGCAACCUCUGAUGCAGACCUCAAGGAACACAUGGUUGGCAUCAUAUUUAGCAGGAGUAAACUCACUAACUUGCAAAAACAGGUUUGUGCUCACAUAGUACAAGCAAUCAGAAUGGAGGCUACGCGAGUCCGAGAAGAGUGGGAACAUGCCAUUUCCAGCAAAGAAAAUGCAAACUCACAGCCAAAUGACGAGGAUGCAUCUUCUGAUGCAUAUUGUUUUGAACUGCUGUCUAUGGUACUUGCUCUGAGUGGGUCUAAUGUUGGAAGGCAGUAUUUAGCUCAGCAGUUGACUUUACUGCAAGAUCUUUUCCACCUACUGCACACAGCUUCUCCCAGAGUACAGAGGCAGGUGACCUCUUUGCUGCGUCGUGUUCUGCCUGAAGUCACACCAACACGCCUUGCUAGCAUCAUUGGUGUCAAGUCGCUGCCUCCAGCAGACAUCAGUGACAUAAUUCACUCGACAGAGAAAGCAGACUGGAACAAGCUUGGCAUUUUGGAUAUGUUCCUGGGAUGCAUCGCUAAGGCUCUCACAGUCCAGCUGAAGGCCAAGGGAACACCAAUCACUGGCACUGCAGGGAUGAGUGCUGGGAAAGGCGUAACAACGGUUACUUUGCCAAUGAUCUUUAAUUCUAGUUACCUUAGGAGAGGUGAGAGUCACUGGUGGAUGAAAGGCUCAACUCCAACUCAGAUUGCAGAGAUUAUCAUUAAAUUGAUUAAAGAUAUGGCAGCUGGUCAUCUCUCAGAGGCAUGGUCUCGUGUCACUAAGAAUGCAAUUGCAGAGACAAUCAUUGCACUGACAAAAAUGGAGGAGGAGUAUCGUUCUCCCGUACGAUGUAUUGCCACUACUAGGCUCUGGCUGGCUGUUGCAUCAUUGUGUGUGCUUGAUCAAGACCAUGUGGACCGGUUGUCUUCUGGAAGGUGGAUGGGGAAGGAUGGGCAGCAAAAACAAAUGCCAAUGUGUGAUAAUCAUGACGAUGGUGAAACUGCAGCAAUCAUUUUGUGCAAUGCGUGUGGAAACUUGUGCACUGACUGUGAUAGGUUUCUACAUCUCCAUCGGCGAACAAAAUCCCAUCAAAGACAGGUGUUCAAAGAGGAGGAAGAGGCAAUCAAAGUUGAUUUGCAUGAGGGAUGUGGGAGAAACUAAGCUGUUCUGGUUGAUGGCACUUGCUGACUCUAAAACCAUGAAAGCAAUGGUGGAAUUCAGAGAACAGACUGGAAAACCUGCAAGCAGCAGCUCGGAAACUUGUCGUUUCUGUGGCUCCAGAAAUGGGACAGAAUUAUCGGCUGUUGGCAGUGUGUGUUCUGAUUCAGACUGCCAGGAGUACGCAAAGACUGCCUGCAGCAAGACCCAUCCAUGUGGGCAUCCAUGUGGAGGUGUGAAGAAUGAGGACCAGUGUUUGCCUUGCCUACAUGGUUGUGACAAGAAUGCAACAAGUCUGAAACAGGAUGCAGAUGACAUGUGUAUGAUCUGCUUUACAGAGGCGCUUUCUGCAGCUCCUGCUAUUCAGCUUGACUGCAGCCAUGUGUUUCACUUGCAAUGCUGUAGAAGGGUUCUGGAAAACCGAUGGCUAGGACCACGAAUCACUUUUGGAUUUAUGUCCUGCCCAAUCUGCAAGAACAAAAUCAAUCAUACAGUAUUAAAGGAUCUCAUGGAUCCAAUCAAAGAGCUUUACGAAGAUGUAAGAAGAAAAGCAUUAAUGAGGUUGGAAUAUGAAGGGCUACACAAAAGUGAUGCAAUCACGACGCCAGGAGUGCGAUUUUACAAUGAUCCAGCUAGCUAUGCCAUGAAUAGAUAUGCUUACUAUGUCUGCUACAAAUGCAAAAAGGCAUAUUUUGGAGGAGAAGCCCGUUGUGAUGCGGAGGCUGGACAGGGAGAUGACUAUGAUCCAAGAGAGCUAAUAUGUGGAGCGUGCUCAGAUGUGUCCAGGGCUCAGAUGUGCCCGAAACAUGGUACAGAUUUCCUAGAGUACAAAUGUCGUUACUGCUGCUCCGUGGCGGUGUUUUUUCUGCUUUGGAACAACCCAUUUUUGUAAUGCCUGCCAUGAUGACUUCCAGAGGAUGACCAGCAUACUUAAAGAAGAACUUCCACAUUGUCCAGCAGGUCCAAAAGGCAAACAACUUGAAGGAACAGAGUGUCCUCUUCAUGUGGUUCAUCCGCCCACGGGAGAAGAGUUUGCAUUGGGCUGUGGAGUGUGCAGAAAUGCCCACACUUUUUAA